AUGAGAAUAGGCGAUGUAAUCUACUUCUUCAAUGAUUUUAGACCUUAUUACGACCGCGUCCUUGCAGUCAUUGGAGUUCUCGCUAACGUGGUCGCAAUUGUAACACUAACACGGGGGCGGUGCGGACUCUCCAAAGGUGUCACUUGGUAUCUUGUGGCAAUGGCCGGAGUGGAUCUACUGGUCGUUGUAUUUCAAGUGGUGCUCCAAAGGGGAUUUUACUUUCAUUACACUCCUGAGUGCAACAUCAUAGACACCAUGGGUUACAUGUCCGUAGCUUGCUCUGUCUGGCUCACUGUUGCCUUCACCUUGGACCGUACAGUGACCAUUUGCUUCGAGAAGCUGAAGAGCAGAUACUGCACUGAGAAAAGUGCAGCCAUCGUUAUUGCAGUGGUGAGUGUGCUGAGUGUGUUAACCAACAUCCCGUGGUACUUCAUGUACCAGUCAUAUUUCUGCAUGAUAUCGUAUGAGUUCAAAACUUACCUAGGAUGGCAAAUCUUUGACUGGGGACAGCGCAUCUUAACCCCAGUCGUCCCAUUCAUGCUAAUCCUGCUGCUUAAUGCCGUCACUGUCAGGCACAUUCUGAUGGCCAGUGUAGUCCGCAGGAAACUGAGGGGGCAGCGGGACGGGGAGGGGAAGGACGACCCAGAGAUGAAGAAUCGAAGAAGAUCCAUCAUUUUGCUCUUCACCAUAUCAGCCAGUUUUAUCCUUUUGUGGAUGACACAGGUGGUGAUACUCGCAGUUCAGAGAAUUACUGGACAGUAUAUAGGAAUGUUUUCUUAUUAUGUUGUGGGAGAUAAUCUGGGAACAAUGCUUCAGUUAUUCAGCUCCUGCACCAACAUGUUUAUUUAUGCUGUCACUCAGAGGAAGUUCCGGGAGGAGAUGAUUAAUACCGUGAAAUGUCCCUUUACAGCCAUCCAAACUUGCAUUAAACCUUAG